UCCUUGACAACGAAAGGAAAAUGGCACGCUACUAUAGAGUCGAAGUAUUUGUGAUCUUCGAGAUCUAUUUAAAUAUUUGCACGUAAAUCGCUUUAGGAAAAGCGUAAUCGUAUUUCAAGAACGUAUUAAAAUGUUGCGAAAUGUGUUACAUUUCAUAUCUGGAAACAGUUGUCUGUGCUCGCCGGUCGAGGAUACAAGUUUGAAUUGAAUACUGCAUAUUUCUUCAUGGUAUAUAGAGAAAUGGGAUAGGCGGCAUGCCUAGCUGAAUAAUUUGCUCUGAGAAUAUGGAAGGCAGCCAACAAUUUCAAAGUAUGCUGGAUAAUGUUUUGUUGAAAAGAGGAAUAGUAUCUCUGACAGGUUCAAAAGAUGCCGUUGGAUGCCAUGUUAUAUCAUUUCAAACUCAGCAACAGUUGCUGUUUACACAAAUUGGUCAUUCAAGUUUGACUGAAUUACUUCAUAUUGUUGUGACAUAUUAUGAAAGUGCGUUGGUGUCAUUCUUGGUGAAUAUGAGUCACUCCACUCCAUUGUUUAUUGAUAAAUUUAUUCAUGUUAUUCAUCAACUUGAGGGAGUGAUGUCCGAAAGGAGGAUAAAAAGGGUAUACGUGAUUAGGCCGGAACGAAAACCAAUCCGAAAACAUUUCUUAAAAGAGUUGGGUAACAUCAACAACGAAAAUACAAGAAAUAAUGCUCAGGUUAUUGUCGUGAAGUCAUUUGAAGAACUAUAUCAAUAUAUAAAACAACGUGACUUGACCCUUGAAUAUGGUGGAACAUUGCAACAUGACCACAAUGCCUGGUUGGCCGUACAAAAGACUUUAAUACAGUUCUAUCUUCUGGUAAAUAAUCUUGCGAAAACGUCGGCUGACGUCACAAAUAGAAUACGCGACCUUACAUCAGGAGGGUUUGGAACUAAAGCCUCGGAAAGGUCUACGGAGAAUGCACAAAAAAAACGAGUCCGAAAAGCUGAAAAGAAGAAGAAUGAAAUUUUGAGGCAGUACAACGUUACUUAUGCGCUGGAAAACGGCCAAAAAUUACAAUCGUAUUUUGAAAAUCCAAAGUUGGAGGAAAAUUUUCAAACCCUGUCCAAAUCACCUGUUUUUCAACGAGACAAAGCAGUAUUUCAGCAGUACUACCGCAAGCUGUUGGCUUUGCGUGAUGGUUUUGAGCAUGCGUGGAAAGAAGCUGUGGGUAAAUUGAGGUCAUUCGCACCCGAACAAGAAUUGUAUAACCGCCUUAUUGAGUGUUGUACGUGGAUUGUUGAAGAAGGUCUGCCCUAUCUGUCGCCAGUUCCUACUCAGAGCAAGACGCUGGCUGAAGCUGUAAAACAAAAGAAUAACUUCGAGAAUGAAUUCUACAAACCCGUGAAGGUGAUGCUGAGAAAAUCCCGUCACACGUUGAAAGAAGUGCGCCAAUAUCAGCGCUCACUGCGCACGCCCAAUGGCAGCCUCGAUCUCAUGGCUGAUAACUUAACUCAAUUGAUGGAAAACAUUACGAAAAAGUCGGAACUGAGAUUGAAACAUUAUACUAGCGAAAAAGAUUUUAUGCACGUAUUCCGCAAGGCAGAAAGUUGGUACGAGAAAGCUAGUGAUCUCUGCCCAAUGAAUCCUCUCCCAAUGAUCACACAAGAAAAUACUCAUCUUUCCACAUCGAGAAUUGUUGAUCCAAAGAUUGCAAACUUUCUGGAAAAGUAUCCUCCACUGACCCGAGAGGAAUUCGGUAAAUUGCUGGAAUAUGUGGAGCAAAUCGACGACCUGGAACUUCGUAACCGUGUUCGGUUGCUAGGUAACCGUUGCCAAGAAAUGGAAAAAAUGUUAAAUGCUCACCAGUCGCAACAUGGUGAUUUUAGCGACGAAGAGGAGAGCUUAGACCUGGAAUCGUCUAGUGGUCAAAAACGACCAUCGUCCGGUCGAAACUCGUCGCUUCAACGUUCCACGCAGAAGGACAACAAUAAAUUACCUUUACAUUCAACAAUUUCCACAGAUUUUUCAACAAAACGCUGGCAUGAUGACGUCAUGAGCUCGACUACCGUCUCGAAUGAUGACAUCGUUAACUCAAGGUCUGGGACGGAGGAUUUUGGGACUGGGAUGGAUAAUUCACGCUUGGCUGAUAUUCAGAGAAGGCUUCGUGAUCAGGAGUUACUGUAUGAACAGUUAAUACUGGAACAGGAAAUCAGAGAGCUCGCCGAGGAAAAAUCGAGUCCUAACAAACCAGAGGUUUCCCUUAGUUCUAGUUAUGAGAGAGCUGGAAGCCCUCGUGCCACUAAGAGAGCUGUUGUAGAUUUUGACGACAAAGGAAAGAUUAGUAGAACUUCAUUACGAAAUGAGGAUGUGCCAUUUACAUCCAGUUUAAACCGGAAUGCCGAGAUAGGAAGUCUAGGCACUGUCGUUAAUGAUUAUCAUACCGGUAAGGCAUUUAGGAAUAGGCGUUCUGAGUCGCUGCAAAGAAAAUCUAGGAAAGGAAAACAUAGAUCAAUUGCUUCUGAUUUGAACGUAAGCCGCAGUGCUGUGAUUGAAAACAUAGACCCCAUUCUUAACGGUAAUGUUUCUGCAAUUGGUGGCAUAAACCAACCUAGAAAUAUAGGCGCUGAUCAAACAAAACUGGAAUUUGGUUUGCUCCCAGUUGAUACUGAACUAUCAGACAAAGAAAAUCGUGGUAAUUUAACAACCUCAACGCGAAGAGAGAAUCAGGGAGAAAUAAAUUUGCUUUCACCUAUCGAUUUGUUGGAUGGGUGCAAUAGUUUAAAACGUCUGUGCAACCUUGAAAUCCCUUCUCCCCAAAAUAAUACCUUCACAACAUUCGAGAAGUAUUAUAGUCCGGGUGAAUCAGUAUCUACGAGUAAUUCUAGCUUAAUACCACCAGAUGGCAACGUUAACACCUCCCCAGUAGUGUCAUCUGAAUCAAGAAACCGAUCAGAUGAUCCUGAAGAUUGUGUAAACAAUUCGGAAAAUUCACGUGAUGUCGAGUUUCAUUCACAUGAAGUGGAGGUAUUUGAACCUGAUUCUGGAAGUCAUUCUGGUCUACUUGACUAUGAAUUUGAAGAAGUUGAAAAUUCAUCAACUAAAGCUGCUGAUAUGUGCAUAGCACAAGAUUCUGAAAACAGUUCACAUGGUCGUUUACGUGAUCCAGAAAAUAGUUCACGUGAUGUUGAGUGUUAUUCUAGUGAUUCGAGAACUUCAUCACGUGAAGUGGAAAAUGUAUCCAAUGACAGUUCACGUGAAGAACUUCUGAAGGCUGCUAGUGAAGCAGCUAACCACUGGACAAAUAUAAAGAAUAAACAUCGAGCGCGCUUGACGCAAAUCGUCGAUAAUAUUUCGACAAGAAAAGAAAUAGAAAAGGCAUAUUUUAAUGCGCAAAUACAACUUUGCCGGGCGAGACAGAGUAUUGUCACGUUAAAUGAAUCAGGCGGUCAUGCGGAACUUUCUUCAGAAAAUGUUGUAAAUGGCAAUAUGGCAUCAUCGUUUAACAUCUCUUUAAAAAUCCCCGACAGCGAGGAUAAAACGUUCGAUGGUAAUGGAGCAUUCCGAAAAUAUAUCAGGGAUUUUAGUGACGAUAAAACAAACACGAAUUGGCAGGAGAAUGCAAAGGAUACAUUGCUGGGUACGAAGAAGGAAGAGGGUGAGAUUGGGGUUGAAGGAAACACUAAAACUGAUGCUGGACAUGAUACAGGUGAACCAUUUGAGUCAAAGGAUACCUCUGAGGAAUUCACUGCUUCGCAAAAUCUUCAAGGUGACGGAGUGUUGCAAGAGAAUUGUAAAGAAUUUGAUUCCGAGCUGGAGGCUAGUGAUGAGUUUGAUGAUAACGUAGAUGAAGAGGAGUUGAUGUUGUUAUGCAGUCAGUCGUCCAGCGGUAUGUUGAAUCAAGAAGAACUGAAAGAAAGUUUGCGUGAAGAGCAGGCAAGACUCGAGGAUAAGUUCCGGCAGCAAAAAGAGCAAUUGCGACUCGAACGAGAAAAACUAAUUGAAGGUGAUAAGAAUAUUCACGAACAGGAAAGUAAGAACUUAGAAAUAGGAGAAAUAGAAAACCAGGAGCUUUUACAAAAUAUUGAGAGCAUUGGCAGUUAUCCUUUAGGCAAGUUUAGUAAAGGCACAAAGAUUGAUUUUCAUCGAGGAAAUAUGCCAAUGGAACUCAAUCUACCUCAACCAAACACAGAUAGCUAUGAUUCGCCGGAGCGUGAGGAACUGCGUUCACAUUGCGCAAUACCAUCACCUGUUCACGAGGCACCGUCACCGCGCUACGAGAUUCCCUCUUUAAAUUCCGAAUUUCCUUCACCACCACACGAAACACUCACUGAACGGAACGAAAUGUCUUUCCCACAGCGCGAAACAUUCCCAACACAGCACGAAAUAGCUUCAUCACAUCAUGUAAUACCUUCACUCCACCCCGAGAUACCUUCACUGCAGGACGAAAUGACAGCUCCCAACGAAGAACUUUUGCCACAACAUGAACCAUACACACCACAAGGUUUAAGGAGUUUUUCUCAACAUGAAACGAAGACAGCAGAGAUUACGCCAUUUAACCAGGAAAACACAUCUCCAAUAAAACCAAUCGAUCACACAGAUGUCAGGGUUGACGGUGGCGUGAGCGACAUUAGUGAAAUUAUUGUAAGCAACUCAGAUGAUAACAGGAGAUGUAAAAUCGAAGAAGAAUUGAUAAGCAUUUUGCAAGAAAGACCACCGGAGGUAGAGCACGAAAAAUUGGAAGUAGCAGGACCAAGGGUUCCUCCUUUAGGUAUGGGUCAUUAUCCUCCUGCCAUUUUAGAUCAUAAUGAUGAUGACAUUGAUGAAAUGAAUCAGCUUAUCGAUGAUCUAAUGAUAAGUGAUCUGAAUAGAGAUAAUCAAAGUGAUUAUGAUGAGGUAGAUGUGGAUAGAUUUCAAGUAAAAGGGGCUAAAAAUCCGGUGAAUAAUCGUAACUGUGAGGAUGGUGAUGUGAACGAAGGUGGUUUUUCGGUGGAUUUGGAUAAUAUUGGAGUGAAUUUUGGCGAUGAUGAAGAGAAUAAAAUGUUCGAAAUGGAUAAUGGUGGAAGAUGUGUGGAUGAUGACAGAGUUAGUGAAGACGAUGUAGAUGUAUAUCUUGAUGAUGUUGGGAGUGGCUUACCUGGCGAUAAGGAGGUAAAUGAGGGUGAUGUCGAGAUAACUGUUGAUAGUUGUGACGUAAAUGUGGAUGAUGGUAGAGAAAAUAAACUAAAGUUCGAUUUACCUCAGUCAGGAUUAAAUAAUCUUGAAAUCCGUAUGGAUAAUCAUCCGGCAAAUAAUGAUAACCAAGAGUUAAAGAUCGGGAAUUAUUUAGUAGACUUGGACAUUGAGGAUGAUGUUGAAACAAAAUGGGAUAAUUGCAAAGUUAGCCUCGAUGAUCUUGAAGAAAACAAGAACGAAAGAAUUUCAGAUGUUGCUCAAACUGGUAGUCACCUUGAACGUACAGGGGUCCCGUUUGGUGAUAGAAUGUCUGCAGAGGGCAAGGAUUCUCGAGAUGAAAGUUUGGGGAUUGAUGUUGAAUUCUCCAUAGAUCUGAACAAGCAUAGCGAAGCCGUUCUCGCGAAUGACCUGAUAGGAUUACUGCAUAAUCAGAAAGAUGAAUUCUCUAGUCAAGAAAGCCUUGAAGUCGAGGAGGAGCAUGAUUUGGAGAAUAAUUUUGUAGUAGCAUGCAACAAUGAAGUCAAUCAUAAAAUAAUCGAGAUCGAAAAUUCCAAAGAAGAAGGCAUUUUGGAAAAGAAAAUGAGCCUUGAUAAGCACGAGAUGAAACACAAACCUGAAGAAACAACAAGCAACGUUAGCGAGAAACAUUCCAGCACAGAUGACGAAAAUGGCAUUCCUGAGGGACACCAAUUUAUGUCUGACGAUAGUGAGGAUGAUGACGAUUUUUGCAGGGUGUUGGAGGAUAUCAAGGAAGAAGAGAGUGAAUACGAGGAUUUGAUGAGAUACAAAGCUACACAUGUUGAUAGCAAUGAUAACAAGGUUCAAGAACAGUCAAAUAUUUUUGUUCCCAGUCCUUCUGUUCUCCGGACCGCGCGUUUUGAUGACGAUAACAUGGAUGCAGAGGAUAGCGCUGCUAAUAGUAGCUCCUUCUCGUCUUCCGUAAUUAUCGAUCCUGGAACAGGGUAUUGCAAGGCGGGAUUCUCUGUUGACGAUAAACCAAGAGUCGUCAUUCCUUCCGUUGUAGGGAUGCCAAAAUCAGAGGUCCAACAUUCUGGACGUUACAAAGAUUAUUAUGUCGGUGAAGAAGCAAAGCAUUUACAUCGAGUAUUAAAUUUACAUCGCCCUUUAAAGAAUGGUUUCGUUGAAGACUGGGAUCUCAUGGAAAAGUUAUUGGAUGAAGUAUACGAAGAGCUACGCUGUGAAUCGGACCAGUACCCAGUGCUAAUAAGUGAACCAGUUUCCAACCCGAAAACAAGUCGUGAAGAAAUGAUACAAGUCAUGUUCGAGACAUUCCACGUUCCUGCUGCAUAUUCCUGUGCACAAGCUGUUCUCUCGUUGUUUGCCACUGGAAGAACGACCGGGUUGGUAUUCGAUUGUGGCUAUAGUCGGGCCCACUCAGUCCCAGUCUACGAAGGCUACGCGCUGUCACACGCUACCAACACGACCGAGUUGGCUGGUCGUGAACUGACUGCUUGUUUAUCGCGCAUGCUCCGAGAUCGUGGCGUUACUAUGGAAACGCACGCAGAGCUGGACAUUGCACGCGAUAUAAAAGAGAAGUUGUGUUACAUGGUUAUGGAUUACGAGAGUGAAAGAAAGGCGUACAACGUUGGAGAGAGAAAUGACACAUUUUACACUAUGCCGGAUGGCCAAACUGUAGCAAUUGGAAGCGAGCGAUUCCGUUGUCCUGAGGUGCUUUUCGCGCCAUCGAUGAUUGGCAUGGCAACAGACGGAGUUCAGGAAGUUAUCUAUAAGACUACAAUGCAGUGUGCUGUUGACGUGAGAUCGAGUCUGUUACAGAAUAUUGUCAUUUCAGGUGGCUCGACAAUGUUUUCUGGCUUCUCUCGUCGCCUCCACGUAGAGCUGUGCAAACUUCUAGGCACAAGAACUCCAGACAGCAUCAAAAUUGAGGCGGUCGAAAACAGAAAUUUUCUGACGUGGCAAGGAGGUGCUAUGCUGUCAAAGUUGUCUAAUUUCAAAUCAAUGUGGAUUACGUCUCUUGAAUAUGAGGAAUUUGGACCUGAUAUUGUACAUAAGAAAUGUGUGUGAGAAUACUGUGCUGUAUACAUGGGGUAACUGACAUCUAUAGCCUACUUCAAAAACAUAAAUCCUCGGUCAUAUUCCAUCGAUAGUAUUAUAGUUAACCAAAAUCAUGGUAAAAAUUCCCUUGGUUGAAACGUUAUAUAUUUUUUAUAUCCGCGUGUCUGUGUCCGCUUUCCGCGUUUCAGAUAACCGCCUUGGCUUCUUUGUGAGUGUCCGACUACGUGACCCCUAAAGACAGUAUGAUUAAACAACAAGAGCAUCAUCCUCCAAAGGCGUUUCAUAAUACUGGGAAAUUUAGGGAGAGAGCGGCGCGGGCAGCUUUAGAAAUGCGGGUAAUGCGAAGAGAAACGCUUGCUGAUUAAUGAUUUCAAGAUGGCGUUAGCUAAUCCAAAAACUGACUACAAAAUUGUUUAGCGCAGUUAAAGAGCGUAGUGAUUGUGCUUUUUUUCUUUUGAUCAUCACGAUAUGCUUUCAGAUUUAUUCAUUGAUAUUAUUCAUGUUACUAUAAUUUGAAUAUAAUUUCC